AUGAACCCAGCAGACUUCUAUUUCCUGUCCGACUCUAUGGAUUUCGUCUCAGAUUCAGACGAUCUCCUGGGUGUCCCAUACUGGGGACCUCCGCUGGUCCUCAACACAUACUCCUCGGGGAAGAAGUGCCAACCUCAGGUCCUGUACCGAGCAGACCCAGUUUUUAGCUCGGACGAGGACUAUAUUCUGGGUGCCCAAUUCUGGGGACCUCCGCCGGUCCUCGAUCCACCAUCCACCUGGAAGAAGCGCCAGCCGAAAGCUAAGUAUAGAGCAGACCUAGCCUUCGUCUUCGGCCACCUACCAUUCCUCCAGAAGGAUUCCGCCUUCGCCGCCGACCUCCAGAGAAGGGGUUCUGCCUUCGUCUUCGGCCAUCUGCCAGACCUCCAGAAAGGUUCCACCUUCGCCGCCGGUCUCCAGAGGGAGUCCGUCUUUGUCACCGUCCUUCAGAGGGAGUCCUCCUCCACCUUCGGCCACCGGCCAGACCUCCAGAGGGAGUCCGUCUUUGCCACCGUCCUCCAGAGGGAGUCCGCUUCCUUCUUCGGCCACCGGCCAGACCUCCAGAGGGAUUUCGCCUCACAGGCUGUCAAGGGCUCCCAGAUGCUGCUGCUUUUUGCUCCCGGAUUGGUGUGGCUGGCCUGUCACUUCGCCACAGUGUGUGGGUUCAGCGUGGGGACAAGUGCAGCCUAUAAAGACGACAGGACAACCUGUAUGGAUACUGUAUGCUGUGAGAAUCGCCUUCAUCCAGGGGCAGCACUCAAAUGCUGUGGAGACAAGGCGUUCAACCCUAACGCAGCCACUUGUUGUAAAGAUGGACACAAUUACACCUUAACAGAGGGCCUGAGUGAAAAGGUGUCGAAUUGCUGUCGACAGAACGCCUAUAACCCACUCAGUGAGCUGUGCUGUGAGUCAACUGUCGUAACCAAACCUGCACCUAAGGCCCGAUGCUGUGGUAAAGAGGCUUUUGAUGAGGACAAUGAGUUGUGUUGUGGUCCCGAUCGUAAUAAGACAAUCCUGACCAAGAGGUCCAGUCAUCACCAGUGCUGUGGACAUGAUCAGUACAACACUAAGACUCAUUGCUGCAGUUGGGUGAACAACACCAGUGUGAUACAUUCUGUCAAUCCCAGCUGCUGUGCAGAGAAGUCAGCUGUCAAUGGAACAAAGGCCUAUGACGCAUUAAGCGAACUCUGCUGUCAAUCAACUAUUGUGGCCAAACCUGCAGCUAACAUCAAAUGCUGCGGUGAAAAGGCUUUUGAUGAGGACAAGGAGUUGUGCUGUGGUCCCAAUCGUAAUAAGACAAUCCUGACCAAGAAGUCCAGUCAUCACCAGUGCUGUGGACAUGACCAGUACAACACUAAGACUCAUUGCUGCAGUUGGACGAAUGACAUCCCGGAGAUAGAUUUUAUUAAUUCCACUUGCUGCGUAGAUUCAGAAACUUUUGAUGAGAACAAGCAGCUGUGUUGCGGUCCCAUUCACAACAAGACAAUCCUGACCAGAAAGUCCCUUCAUCACCGGUGCUGCGGACGUGAACAGUACAACACUAAGACUCAUUGCUGCAGUUGGACGAAUGACAUCCCGGAGAUUGAUUUUAUUAAUUCCACUUGCUGCGUAGAUUCAGAAACUUUUGAUGAGAACAAGCAGCUGUGUUGCGGUCCCAUUCACAACAAGACAAUCCUGACCAGAAAGUCCCUUCAUCACCGGUGCUGCGGACGUGAACAGUACAACACUAAGACUCAUUGCUGCAGCUGGAUGAACAACACUUUUGGGAUACAUCUUAUUAACUCCAACUGCAGUGUACAGGUAUCAGGUGUGCAGCCACAGAACCCUCGACUUCAACCCAUCUGCACUAAGCCACAAACAAGUCUCUGUGGGUCAUCAUGCUACAAUCCAAAUGGAUUUCGCUGCUGUGAGAGAAAUCAGACAAGGUGUUCCGGAGGUCAGUGUGAGGCUGCCCCUACGGUGUAUAACCCAAGCACACAGAUCUGCUGUGAUGGCCGUGUAUCUGAGUGGACGCCUUCAAUAGAACUUAAGGGCUCACCUGGACAACACUGCUGUGGGACAGAAGUCUAUUGGCCUCACACUCAGAUCUGCUGCGCCGGACGCAGACAUCCCAAAGCAGAAAACAUGCACUGCUGUGGGCUUCAAGCCUACAACAUUAAAAACCAGCAGAUGAAGUGCUGCGCAGGGACACUGUACAACCUGACACGGUUAGGCAAGCUUGGACAUGAGGUACAGUGCUGUGGAUCCGUUCUGCAAGAACCAAAAGACGUUUGCUGCAGACAUUAUGACGAGGAGCUGCUCUACUCUGCCAAGACAGGAUACAGAUGCUGCGGUCACCUCUACUACAGCACCUCUCUGCUGUCAUGCUGUGCAGGGCAGCUGAAUCCAAUACACCAACCAGGACAUCAUCAGAACAAGGGGAUUAAAGAAUCCAGACUUCAGUCAAUGAACAACCUGAAUGAAACAGAUCUUUGUAAAGACAUGCUCAUCGGGAUCGUGGAAAGCGUGUCUCCGCACAGCGUCGUGUUCAGCGCUGUGCUGAAAAUCCACGGAAGAAGCGCAGCUGUGAAAGCUCUGCCCUCGCCAUACGUCCUGAAAACACACGAUCACUGCAACUCCCCUAAACUGAUCCCUGGGGAGAUCUACUUCUUCGAUGAAGUUAAUUUCUUCAUUGAUUUCAACCACGCCUCUUCUAUCCAGUCACUCCACUUCAUUAUGUCCAAGUGUUAUCGUCGCUAGGUCACUACUGGUUAAUCUGUUGGUGAGUGGACAGUUUACUUGGACAGUUUCACUUAAAAAUGUUAUCAGUCACUCCUUACUUAUUACUCAUAAAGUAAUUACAUUACUUUACUAAUAACUCAGCAGUUAUCAGUUGCGUUACUUGUUACAUUACUCUCUGUUACUCCAGCCAUCUCCCUUAAAGAUGCCUUACGACAACUCAGACGCCUCCUCACCCUGACUUUUAACAUACAGCCAGCGUACAGUUUGGAAGUAUUCACUGGCUAGGCAGUGCCUGAUUAACCUACUUUUGCCCUAGGGCAAAAAUAAGCUAUGGGUGGGCCUUAACUGCAAAAUUUUGGAGUUGUUGAAACAUUGAAGCAUUAUCUAAUUGAAAACGACUUAAGUACAUUCCCUGAUGUGUUUGGCUGACUCAGGAACAACCUAAUAUUCCAGCAAAACCAGCAUCGGUCAGCGGUUACUCUGAGGAGAUAAGGGAGGCCAACUCAGGACAAACCUCACAUAGGGCUAAAUCACCAGUCAUAUCGUCCUUUUGCCAACUCUGGUAAAGACAAAGCUAAAGACAAUGGUUAAAUCUAUAGAAGAAAGGUAGGAAGUUGGACAUUACUUUUACGCCAUUAAAUCAACUGAAAAUACUACACAAUUAUUUAUAGAAUAAUUAAAGUGGAAUCUUAAUAGAAUGUCAACUUAAACACCUUUGAAGCUGCAUUCUUUCUCCUUUGAUGGAUGCCAGCAGUCAUCCUCAACCUCCAUCAUGGGAUUAUUCCUCACACUACUUGUUACCGAAAGGAUCGACUACUAUAUUAACACUGCCCAACAUGGAGACAUGGUGACAUAUUCAUCUGUAGACUGUGAAGUAUACCACAAGGAUUAAGAUUGACGAAAGCUGCAGCAGAACCUGAGCAGAACACAUUAGUGGCUGAUUUCCUUUCUGUCAUGGCAAGAGCAUGCAAGAAUAUUAACAUAUAGCUUGAUUUUCACAUAAGCUAAACAGAUAAUAUGUAAUUAUUAUAUUCUUGCACUAAACUACAUUAAAAGGCAACUGUUUGUACACGUCUGUCUCUCAUGCAAUUCUACGUAUGUAAAUAACAUGAUUGAUGAAGCUAGUAAUUGAUAAGCAUUUCCUCAAAAACUAUCAGGGAUACAAAUACAGUAUGCUAUAAAAGGUUGUUAGCUAGUCCUCAGUAUUUUUUUGGCCACCUUUCAUGUGAAUGUGAUUUCUGUACUGUAGUGCACAGUAUUGGAAGUGGUGUUGGUUUUUCAUCUGUUGUACUGUACAUUCCUCUGUAAAAGUUAUGUUUACAACAUAUGUGAGUGACAGAAAUUUAAGCUUGAAAACCCAUUUUAACGUAAACACAUUUUCUGUGGAAGCAACGUGAAAACAGAACUUUAAAUGUGUUUUGCUGAUGUACUGUAGCUGAUGUUAAUUUUUAAUAUAUGACAGGAUGCCUUCGGUGUCUUUUGAAUACAUUUUAAUUAAAUAAAAACACCUAAA